GUUUAGUUUACGCGCUGUUCGCGUUCAUUGCUCCGCUAGUCACUCAUUUAGAACGACAACUAACUGUUGCUAUAUUAAAACAUAUAUGUAAAUUCCCAUUAACUAUAUAUAUGCAUAUGUUUUAUAUAUACAACUGUGACGUGGAUUAUAUCAUAUUGAGCGACGACUGAGUGGGAGACCAAAAUGACAGCAAUGCCAACGGACAUGAAGGAAAUUGAACAAAGUGAACAACACGAACGGCCCAUGGAUGUGCGCAUCAAUAUGCCCUGGGGCUAUGUCGUAGGCCGCUGGUAUGGCAAUCGCCAGGUACGUCCCAUACUCGCCCUGCACGGCUGGCUGGAUAAUUUGGGCACUUGGAACGAGCUGCUGCCGCUGCUGCCCAAGCACCUGGGCGUGCUGUGCAUUGAUCUGCCUGGGCAUGGCUUUUCGUCCAAGCUGCCGGAGGGGAUUGCCUAUCAUUUUGUCGACUACCUGUGCGUGAUACUGCGCAUUAUGGAGGAGUAUGGCUGGCAGAAGGUGUCGCUAAUGGCCCAUUCCAUGAGCGCCAUGCUGUGCUUCAUCUUUGCCUCGCUCUAUCCGCAUCGCCUCGACAUGCUGAUCAGCAUUGACAUUGUUAGGACGCGUUACCGCAAGCCACCAUCGCAAAUCGAAUACCUGCGCACCAAUAUUGAGCGUUACAUGGUCGAGGAUGAGCGUUUCGCCAAUGCCAAGCGCGAGGAACCGCCAUCGUAUACGUGGCAAGAACUGGAGCAUGUGCUGCACAAGGGCUCCGAUGCCUCGGUGACGCUGGAGAACUGCCAUCAUAUACUGGACCGCAAUGUGGCCAAGUCGACCAAAUACCCGGACAAGUACUAUUUCUCGCGGGACGGACGCUGCAAGUAUUACUUUGAGUUCCACACAAGUCCGCCCUUUGCCGCCGAACUGGCCCGGACCAUACGCAAUGUGCCCUAUUGUGUGAUCAAGGGCUCCGAGUCGAACUUUAUAGAUGGCGAAAGUCAGGAGGUUAUUGACAUACUGCGCUCCAAUAAUCCACACUUUGAACUGCACGAGGUGCAGGGCACACACCAUGUGCAUUUGAACAAUGCAAAGGGCGUUGCCGAAAUAAUCAAUCCAUUUAUAAUGCAUCACAGGCCACCGCAUCUGGAGACCUGGACGGUGGAUGAGCAGGAAGAAUUGCCAGAGGUUGUGCAGAAAUUCGCCUUAGCCGUGGACGACGCCGAGAAUGUGAAGCGGAGAAAGAGAAAAAGCAACCUAUAGCUGCUGCACUCAUCUCUGAGUCCGUCAGCAGCGAGAGGCGCACUAAAACACUUGAAAGCUUUAAAAAAUUAGGUUUACUAUAAACCAGAAUUUAGAUAGAAUUUUAAAUAAUUCAAAUUGUAGUUAAGCAGAAAGAGAAAAUCGUAAUUUAAGCGCUGCAAAAUACCUUUGCCCCCUUAUAACUGGCGAAUAUUUAUUUAUUUGUAUGUUGAAAAAGAACGUGUAUUUGUUGUGCUACAGAUUGGCAAAAACUCGGGCAUUUUUAGCUUAAUUACUUUUAAAUUGCUUUCAUGUUGGGGGCUGUCGAGUCCCUAGCUAUUUCGAAUAUAAAUUCGUAGCGAGCA